AAAGUACCGGAGGGAAGGGUCAUUGAGAGAGAGAGGAACACCCCUCUCAUCAUUUCAAGAGCCUUUCUCUCCAAGAUCCCAAGGAGGGACACUCCUGACUCCUGACUCCAUCUCUACAGAGCACAUGGACACCAGCUGCUCUUCUUUCCAGAUAGACUUGGAAGCCCAGCUUUGGAGUUAGAAUGCAUCCCGGUUCUUGACUCUUGCGGUUCGGUGCGUCCACCACCACAUGGAAAAGUGGGAGCAGACCAGUGGAUGGAAGAGCGACCAGAAGAACCGAAGAGAAAGUUCAAGAAGACCAAAGCAGGAUAAAGCGUCCUCCCCAGCGUCCAACCUGAGAUGGGCCACCUGCUGGGCCUGACCCUGGCCUACGUGGCCCACCUGGCGGCCUGCGUAACGGCCUCAGAGCGCCAGCAGCACCAGGUGCAGCACGGCCCCUGCAGCUACACCUUCAUCCUCCCCGAGGUAGACCAUUGCCAGCCACAGAAGGACUACGAGGUCUCCAACACCCUACAGGGGGACUCCCCGGCCAAAAUCAAACCUGGUGUGAGUCAGUCCACUCACAAGCAGAAGGACAAGUCCUCCUGGCGGGAGAGGAAACUGGAGAGUCUGGAGAGCGUCACGGAGAAUAAUACCCAAUGGCUGCAGAAGCUGGAGAACUUCAUCCAGGAGAACGUUCGCUCCGGCGUGGAGGAAAUGAAAAGAGCGGCGGUGCACACUCACACCGCCGCCAUGCUGGAGAUGGGCAGCAACCUCCUCAGUCAGUCGGCGGAGCAAACACGCAAACUGACCGACGUUGAGACUCAGGUAUUAAACCAGACAAGUCGCCUGGAGAUUCAGCUGCUGGAGUACUCGCUUUUUACCAACCGCCUGGAGAAGCACAUUCUCCUGCAGACUCAGGAGAUCUCACGCCUCGGUGACAAAAACAGCGGUCUAGAAGAGAGGCUGGUGACGCUGGAGGCUCGCUAUGGGAUGGAGCUGCAGGGCUUGCAGAGAGACAAGCAAGAGUUGCAGGAGCUGAUGCAAAGGCAGAGUGGUCUGGUGGCUCAGCUCCAGGGCGAGCUGGGCAGUGCGGCUCUCAACAGCACCCGGCUGCAGAGACAACAGGCCCUGCUCACUGACAGCGUGGGACACCUCCUCGCCUUGGUCAACCACUGCAAUGAAAUCUCCAAAGUGCCCAAGGAGGAGCCGCUGACUUUCAGGGACUGUUCAGAGAUUCUUCAGUCUGGACAAACAGCGAGUGGAAUAUAUGGCAUACACCUCCCCAACUCCACCCACUCUGUCAAGGUUUUCUGCGACAUGAAGACCAGAGGCGGUGGCUGGACCGUCCUGCAGCAUCGCAGAAACGGCUCUGUGGACUUCCAUCGCGGGUGGAAGGACUACAAAUGGGGAUUUGGAGAGCCUUCUGGGGAACACUGGCUGGGAAACGACAUCAUCCAUGAACUGACAGUAUCUGGAGAAUAUAGUCUCCAUGUUGGGCUGAAGGACAGAGAUGGCAACGAGGCGUACUCGCACUACGACCGCUUCUACAUCGACGGGGAGAACCGCAACUACAGUCUCCACGUGGAGGGCUUCAGCGGCACAGCCGGGCGGACCAACAGCAUGACUCACAGCGGCACCCAGUUCAGCACCAGGGACAGAGACAACGACCGCUGCACCUGCAAGUGUGCACAGCUCGCCUCCGGAGGUUGGUGGUUCGAGGCCUGUGGACCGUCCAACCUGAACGGUGUGUAUUACCCCGGCUCGUCCAACGUGGUGCGCUACAACGGCAUCAAGUGGUACUACUGGAAAGGUCCCAAUCUGAUGGCUACCAUGACGACCAUGAUGGUGCGGCCGGCAAACGUAUGAUCGGCUGCCUUUUUAACGGAGACCCUGGUCACCGAAUAAAGGCAAUGGACAAUCCCACGAUACUGCAACUGCACAGAUACUCAAUGUUAGGACGGCAGGAGACGCUCCAAAUAACUUUCCAAUAGAGAUUAAUGUACAUAAAUACCCAAAUAAUAGCUGUGCAUAAUAUGAAAAUGUCUAUAUUUAAACAGGAAUAAUCGAUUUUGGGGGGGGAAUUUUCUGUUAUAACACAAUGAUCAUUAUCAUGCCGGUAAAUAAUAAAGAGUUGUGCUCUACAAAAGGGGCGAUACAGACUCAAACAUCUUAUUUCUUUCCCGUCCUGUCCUGGCUCUUGUAAAAUUCAAAUUUCCGAGUGAUUUAGCUGGUAGAAGCACGGCAAAGGUGAUUUAUUCUGGAGGAAGAAAGGCUGUAUAACACCCUGGGAUGGUUUAAAAGAAAACAGCGUGUGUGUUUUGGCCGGCGAGGGCAGCUGAUGGGAUGAAUUACCCGGCAGCAUCCGUCCCUGCAGUACCUAUUAGCUGGUAAAAGCUUCCCACCUGUGCACAGUGAGCGCGGCGACACAGGAGGACGCUAAUUGCCACCCUUCAUCUCGGACGGACACAACAUGUCUGACUGACAUCUGGCCACCGGCUUAAUGGACCGGAGAACUGACAUGUUUAUCGCAGUCAGUCGGCGACAUUGUCCACAGGAAAACAGUUCUUGAUUAUAGGGAUGGGUACCGAAUCUAAUGUUUUGUUGCCGGCGGUCCUGGCGGGCACUGAAACACGGUGCCCACCUGUGCGCGUGUGACGUCACGCCAUCAUUCUAGCAAACAGAUUUACUAAAAAAAAAAUGCUUCAAUGUAAAUUAAGGCUCCACUUUUAAAAAAAAUGUACUAGCUCGAUGCUAAUCAUGGUUGUUUUUACAAAUGAUGACAGAUGUGAACAAAAGCUUGUAUUGUCUUUGUGUGAUGAUGUAAAUGAGGUGUGGUUGUAUUGUAUAUUAAGUAUGUGUCCAUGAAAGGGCAUUUUAUGACUUUUUUCUUAAUACUUGUGUAUGAUUUUAUUGUCAUAAUUUUAUUGCAUGAUUUUUGUAUCCCUUUA